UGAAAGUAAUAAUUUAGCUUGUUAAAUAAAUAUUUUUUCUCCAAACAUUUAGUUAGCAAGCUAAUAAUUUGGCUACUUCCAAGCUAAUGCUUCAGCUUGCUAGCUGUAAAAAAUAUGCAUUACAUUCAUUAUUAUAAAGUAUCUAAAAUAGUGUCAAAUGUAUUCAUGUUAUCAAAGAAAAGCUUUUAAGAUUAUUCCGGUGUUAUUAUUCAGAUGUUACUAAGUAAUAAUCCAUAUCAAGAUUAUUGAAAGUAGCCUUCAUCAUAAUUUCCCGCCCCCUGACAUCAUCAUCAUCAUCAUCAUCAUCAUCAACACGGAAGCAGCGGAGACCUGGGGGGGGCAGGAGAGGUGCAGGGAGACGGAGAGGACAGAGACAUCCAGCUAAAGAGCCAGCAGGGACAGACAGGAGGACCGCGACAGACGGGCAGGUGUCUGGGGGAACAGCGGGACACUGAGACGCAUCGACGGGAACAUCAUGGCGCUGAUCCCCUCUCAGGUCCUGCGGGUCGCCAUCCUGCUGUCCUACUUCUCCAUCCUGUGCCACUACAAAGCGCUGGACAUGCCGGCGCACCAGACCUACGGAGGCAGCUGGAAGUUCCUCACCUUCAUCGACCUGCUAACUGGAUCAGAACCGAUCCUUAUAGUGCGGGUUGAAGCACUGAAACGGUACUGGAGUCGCGUUGGAAGCGACCACCGCGGUUCUGCAGAGGUGAUCCAGGCCGUAUUCUUCGGGCUGUGCGUCCUGAUCGACGUGUCCAGUCUGCUGACCAAAGGAGCCGACAGCAGGGAGCAGGAGCGCCAGCUGAAGAAGCUGAUCGGCCUGAGGGACUGGAUGAUGGCGGUGCUGGCGUUCCCCGUUGGAGCGUUUGUUGUGUUCACAUUCUGGACUCUCUACCUCUACGACCGAGAACUGGUCUACCCGAAGCUGCUGGAUAACUUCAUUCCUCAGUGGCUCAACCACGGCAUGCACACCACCGUUCUUCCCUUCAUCAUCAUCGAGAUGCGGACCACCCACCACAGCUACCCCCGUCGGUCCUGGGGGCUGGCCGCCGUCUGCCUGUUCGGCGUCGGAUACAUUCUCUGGACGUGUUGGGUCCACCAGGUGACCGGUGUCUGGGUUUACCCGGUCCUUGAACGCAUCACGCCGCUGGCUCGGGUCGCUUUCUUCAGCGCCAUGACGGCCGUGAUCUGCAUCAUGUACGUCCUGGGAGAGAUCCUCAAUGGAUACAUCUGGGACCACACACACACAGAAAAGGUCAAAGGUGAGUGACCUCCUCUGCCUCCAUAGCCGCUUUGCGGACCGAGCUGAAGCCAGAACCACCGGACCUCGCUGGACCGGCAGCAGACCAGCUGAGGAACAGAACCUGUAAUCAUCAGUGAACCUUCGAGUCGGAUGACGAUGAAUCCUCUGUUGUUUUCGUUUGUGUCUUCGUGUCGUUUUGCUCCAAAUGUUCGGCUGCAGAAAGUCGAGCUGCAUGAGUUCUGGGAGGAAACCCAAACAGCUUCUCACCAGGCGGAACCGACGGUUCUUGCAGAACAAAUCAACUUCCAUCUCAUCGUCACACUACUUUUCUGGAGGAAACUUGUGGUUGUUUUAAGGUGCAAAUAAAGCUUGAACAAAUCUGCA